AUGGAACAACUGAUAGUAAAAUCAAUGGCGCAUGUGGCAAAUGUAUUUGGAAAUGCGUCAACUACACCUAAGCUGAAGUUCAAGAUAAGUUUUUAUGGUUCCAAAUGCAUUAGCAGUCCUAGCAUUAGUGAUGUGUGCGAGCAGUAUUGUUCAGUUUUGAACUUGUUGAACACGGCUGUCAGCGAACUACCUUCUCUAGAGUAUCAUUUCAGAUUGCCGUUACAAAGUCAAUUUAUCACCAUUAAACGGGGUAACGACUUUAUGGUCGACGCAAAAAUUAAAUUGACAGCCAAGCUCGAAGUAAUAUUUAAAGAUUUGACGGCGUAUUUGAGAAAACUAGAAAACGAUUUUAGCGAAGUCCUCGAUGAACAACGGCCAGAAAUUCUCAGGAAAUAUUUAGAGGAAAAUCAAACGUACGACGAGUUAUUGACGACUUUGGAUUUCUUUAACGAUUACCGGACCAAAGCGGCGGAGUUAGUGGACGAUUGGGAUUUCGAGCUGGGAAAUAUCAGUCAGGUAGACAUGAAAUCGCACGUAUGCGAUCUGGCCAAGAAGUACAUGGAUCAGAUUGUCGACAGCAUCAUAGCCAAACAACUGGACGACAACGAAACGCCUUCGUUAGCUUGGGUCUGCAAUAAGUUCAAUGAAAUGGUCUCUAGAGCAGAGUCCAAACCAAAAGGCACUAAAGAAUUCCUCGAGCUAGGCCAGUACAUGUUGUAUGCGAGCACCACGUUUAUGAGCGACAUGACUAAAACAGUCAAGUACCUGACGGGGGUAGCUUGUGAACUAUCGCGAUACGCCAAUCUGCCUAAGGCAUUUUGGGACGUGCACAUGGCGGCUAUCAGAUGGAUACAGAACAUUGCGCCAGUGUUCCUUAAAUAUGGCAGCUAUUACGAGGCGGGCAAAUCCUUCAGGGAAGAGACUCUGGCCAGAGUCAUAAGCAAACUCAACUAUGACUUGGACGCAUUCACGCCCCACCUGACGUUCUUGGAUCGCAUAGAUGACGUCAAAAAGCUCUACGAAUACAUACUGUAUCUUAACACGUUGAACAGAAAAAUAGAAAGUUUCGACGAAACCGUUGCAUGGAUAAAUCGGGAAGAAGAACUGUUCAAUAAACCGAUUAGUACUUUCCCCGAACUCGACGAGAUUAAAGAUUUUACAAAACCGUUUGUAGAUUUGAUAACGUUUUCCUACAAGUGGUUUCUCAGGUUGAACGUUUGGAUGCACGGCGAUUUCGACAAGCUGAGACUAUCUGACAUUGAGUUCGAAGUCGAUGAGUUCUACAAAGAAGCGGUAAAAACACAAAAAGUGUUCAGAGUAAAGUGCAAAGAAAUGUUGGCGCAAAACUACAGCAAGAGGUACGAGGGCAUCAUCGACGACGCCGACAUGAAUUUAUGGCCAGCGCCAUUGAAAAUAGCAUAUCAAACUGUGAAUAGUAUGAAAGAAUUCAAGCAAUAUGUACCUAUCAUUGGAAUACUAUGCAAUCCAGCAUUGACUGAAGGGCACUGGGAAGAAAUGUCUGAGCUAGUUGGAUUCGAUUUGACUCCAAAUGCUGGGACGACACUAUCCAAAAUUAUAGAUUACCACCUCGACCAACUUAUUCCGCAAUUUGACGUUAUUAGUGUUGGAGCAACCAAAGAAGAACAAUUAAAAAAAACAUUGCAGAAAAUGAAAGAAGAGUGGGAGACCAUCAUUCUAACUACCAGCCCUUAUAAGGCUACAAAAAUAAACAUUCUGUCCGGUUUGGAUGAUAUACAAAUGGUGAUUGAUGAUCAUCUUAUCAAAACUAUAUCGAUGCGUGGAUCGGCUUUCGUUAAACCCAUUGCUGGGGAAGUAAAAGAGUGGUUUGAUCUGAUUAACAGAAUGAACAUGACUCUAGAAGAAUGGGCGAAGGUGCAAAUAAAAUGGCUGUAUCUUAUGCCCAUUUUCAGUUCCAAAGAUAUUGUUGCUCAGAUGCCCGAGGAAGGGGCUCUAUUUGUAGAAAUUGAUACAAUUAUUAGAGGUCUGUUAGGCAUGAUUGAUAAAAAUCCAUUAGCUGUUAAAUGUGUCGGCCAGGACGGGAUUUUAGAGACCUUAACAGAUUGUGUAGAAAUAAUUGAAAACAUUACUACAGGAGUUAAUAAUUAUCUAGAGAAGAAACGUUUGUUUUUCCCGAGAUUUUUCUUCCUGGGGAACGACGAAAUGUUGGAAAUUUUAUCUGAAACCAAAAAUCCUAAAAGAGUCCAGCCUUAUUUGGGAAAAAGUUUUGAAGGUAUUUCUAAGCUCGAGUUUAACGACGAUUUGGACAUACUAAAGAUUUUGAGCAAAGAAGGAGAAGAAGUUGCCUUAGUAGAGACUAUAUCGACCGCGGAAGCGAGAGGAAGUGUCGAAAAAUGGCUAGUUCAGGUCGAAGAGCAAAUGAUAAAAUCCAUUCGAAGUAUUAUUGAGAAGGCUUACUUAGAAUAUCCAACUAUUAAACGUACAGAAUGGGUUCAGAAAUGGCCAGGUCAAGCGGUGUUGUGCGUUGAUCAAAUUUAUUGGACUUCCGAAGUGCAUGAAGUUUUUUUGGCAAACAAAUCCGGACAAAUGCGAAUACAUCAAGCGUUUUUAACUAGCCAGUUAAACAAUAUCGUUGAUUUAGUGCGAGGCAAGUUGAGUACACAAACUCGAAUAACUCUAGAAGCACUGGUCACGUUGGAUGUCCACGGCCGUGACGUAGUUAACGAGUUAGCAAACAACAACGUCAUUCAUGCUAUGGACUUUAAAUGGCUUAGUCAACUUAGAUAUUAUUGGGAAGACGACGUAAUGGUACGCAUUACUAACGCUACCAUACACUACGCUUAUGAGUACCUAGGAAAUUCGCCAAGACUUGUUAUUACACCGUUGACUGAUAGAUGUUACCGGACGCUGGUUAGUGCCUACCAUUUACAUUUGAAUGGUGCUCCCGAAGGUCCUGCUGGCACGGGAAAAACGGAAACUACUAAGGAUUUGGCAAAAGCUUUAGCCGUGCAAUGUGUUGUAUACAAUUGCUCGGACAGUCUCGACUACUUGGCCAUGGGAAAAUUCUUCAAAGGAUUGGCUUCUUCUGGAGCUUGGGCUUGUUUCGACGAAUUCAACCGAAUAGACAUUGAAGUGCUUUCAGUGAUCGCACAACAAAUAUUAUGUAUUGCACAAGCAGUUAGAGCUGAUCUAGAAACGUUUAUCUUCGAAGGCACGGAACUUGUGUUGAACCCGAGAUGUUAUGUAUGCAUCACUAUGAAUCCGGGCUACGCCGGAAGAUCAGAACUUCCAGAUAAUUUGAAGGUCUUGUUUAGGACUGUGGCUAUGAUGGUACCCGACUACACAAUGAUUGGUGAAAUACAGCUGUAUUCAAACGGAUUUGUAAAUGCUAGAGAACUAUCUGUUAAAAUCGUCACUACUUACAAACUGUGUUCCGAACAGUUAUCAUCUCAAUCUCAUUACGAUUAUGGAAUGAGAGCUGUUAAGACUGUGCUCACGGCAGCUGGUAAUUUGAAGAUGAGAUUCCCCAAUGAUGACGAGUCCGAACUAUUACUUAGAUCUAUUUUGGAUGUAAAUUUAGCGAAAUUUUUAAAUAAAGACGUUCCUCUGUUUAACGGUAUAAUAUCUGAUCUGUUUCCUGGAGUUAGACUACCCAAUCCAAAAUAUGAUAAUUUGCUCAGUGCUGCGAAAAAAGUGUGUGCUGAAAAACAUUUGCAAGCCACUGCUAGUUUUAUGACGAAGCUCAUUCAAACAUAUGAAAUGAUGAUGGUUAGGCACGGUUUUAUGUUGGUCGGUAAUCCUUUUGGAGGAAAAACGUCUAUACUAAAAGUACUGUCCGAAACCUUGACUUUGCAAAACAAACUUAAUCAAGGAGAAGAGAAAGUUGAAUACGAAACUGUUAACCCUAAAGCGUUAACUAUGGGACAACUUUAUGGAUCCUUUGAUGAUGUUUCACAUGAAUGGUCCGAUGGAGUUGUAGCUAACACAUUUAGAAAAUUUUCAAUGUCAGAGACCCCGGAUAGGAAAUGGUUAAUAUUCGAUGGUCCAGUCGAUGCUGUUUGGAUAGAAAAUAUGAACACAGUAUUGGACGAUAAUAAAAAAUUGUGCUUGAACUCUGGUGAAGUUAUGAGCAUGCCACCGUGCAUGUCAAUGAUAUUUGAAGUCAUGGAUCUUACUCAGGCAUCUCCCGCCACGGUGUCUCGCUGUGGAAUGAUUUAUAUGGAUCCUUCGAUUUUAGGCUGGAGACCGAUUGUAGAAUCUUGGAUGGAAACUUGUUCCGAAUUUUGGUCAACUGGUCAGAAUAGUAUUGAUAUAAUGUGUUUAUUCGAUUGGAUUACGCCACCUUGUCUUUACUUUAUUCGUCGAAGUUGCAAUCAAUUAACUAAUGCUGGCGAAACGAAUACCGUCUUAAACGUUUUAAACCUACUUGAAAUGCAACUAGAAAAUGCGAGCAUCGACAAUCCAGCUUACUAUGAAUAUUUUACAAACUAUUUACAAGGAUGUUUUGUGUAUGCCGCUGUAUGGGGAUUUGGGGGGACACUCGAUACCGCGUCGAGGCCAGUGUUCGAUUUGUAUUUUAGACAGUUGUGGAAGGGUGAAAUCCCGAGUUUGACACCACCGGAAGAAAUGAGUCGCUUAGAAAUACUCAUACCAAACGAAGGAUUAUUGUACGACUAUGUGUAUAGCUGUACGGCAAAAGGGUCUUGGAAGAGUUGGUCGGAGAUCUCCAAAAAUAACAAGGUAGAAGAAAUGAGUAACAUCGAACAAACUUUAGUGCAUACCACUGACACUUCGAGGUAUUUGCAUUUGGUUGAUAUGUACAUCAGUCAUCGCAAACCUUUAUUACUUUUCGGUGCUACGGGUACCGGAAAGAGUUUUUACAUAAAGAAUCAAAUGAUGAACAAACUGUCCUUAGACAAAUACGUCCCGUCUUUCAUUACGUUUACAAUCCAGACGUCUGCUAAUUUCACUCAAGAAAUGGUCAUAUCCAAACUUAUAAAGCGCAAGCGAGGCGUUUACGGUCCUCCCAUUGGAAAAUUGUGUGUGAUAUUCGUCGACGACAUGAACAUGCCUGUAAAAGAACAAUACGGAGCACAACCUCCAAUCGAGCUGUUAAGACAGUUCUUCGAUCACGGCCAUUGGUACGAUUUACAAGACACGAGCAAAGUUUACAUAAAAGACGUUCUCCUUUUAACUGCUAUUGGACCGCCCGGUGGUAGCAGGCAAGAUGUGUACCAUCGAUUUUUACGGCAUUUCGGACUGUUUGCUAUAAAUUCGUUUGACGAUGAGAGUAUUACUAAGAUAUAUUCGACGUUACUACAAAUCGGAUUAAGGAGGAAUGGAUUCACGUUAGAAGUGAUGCCGAUCAUAGACGUAAUUAUUGAAUCUACAAUUAACCUGUAUAGAUCUGCUAUUGUUAAUUUAGCUCCAACUCCAGCCAAGUCUCAUUAUUUAUUUAAUCUAAGAGACAUAUCAAAAGUGACCAAUGGAAUACUUAUGUUCCGAAAAGAAAGCUUUACAAAUAGAAAAGUGUUUACGAGGUUGUGGGUACAUGAAAUCAUGAGAGUAUUUUAUGAUCGCCUGAUUGAUGACAAAGGUAGAGAAUGGUUGUUCAAUGAAAUUCGUUUACAUGUCAGCCAAUACUUCCAAGAAACAUUUGAUGUUUUGUUCAAUUACUUAUCAAGUUCGACGCCCAUAAGAUAUGAAGAUAUGUCAAAUCUUAUGUUCACUAGUGCAAUGGACUUAGAUGCUUUAGAGGAUAAAAAGUAUGAAGAACCUCCUUCGCUGUCGAGUUUUGAAGAUGUUGUUAAAAUGGUAAUGGACGAAUAUGAUAUGACGCACAAGUCAAAGCUGAAUAUCGUUUUAUUCAAAUUUGCACUCGAACAUCUAUCGAGAAUUUGUCGAAUUUUGACCACACCCAGUGGAUGUGCCUUGUUAGUCGGAGUUGGAGGUUCAGGCCGUCAAUCUCUGACUCGUUUGGGAGCGGCUAUUUGCAGUUAUAAUGUAUUUCAACCCGAGAUAACGAAAAGUUAUGCGUUUAACGAAUGGAGAGACGAUAUGAAAAUGAUAUUGAAAGAAUCUGGCGGCAAAAAUCGACCGACAGUUUUUUUGUUUGCCGAAGGCCAAGUAAAAGAGGAAUAUUUCUUACAAGAUAUCGACGCUCUGUUAAAUUCUGGAGAAAUACCAAACCUGUUUGCUGUAGACGAACAACAAGAAAUCCUCGAAAUGGUUAGAUUAGCCGCUCAAGGAGGAAAUAGAAAUUUAGAUAUCGCUCCAUUAGUCGUUUUCGACUAUUUUACAAAUAGGUGUAAAAAAAAUUUGCAUAUAUGCUUGUGCUUCAGCCCUAUUGGCAGUAGUUUUAGAAAUCGUUUAAGACUAUACCCGUCAAUGGUCAGCUGUUGCACUAUAGAUUGGUUCGAGGACUGGCCGGAAGACGCUUUGGAAAUGGUCGCUCGUAGAUAUUUACAAGGUGUAAAUCUUUCGGAUAAGAUAAAAAAUUCGGCGGUGACAGUUUGCCAAAGUUUUCACGUAGAUGCUAGAAAACUAUCAUCAGAAUUUUAUUCAAGUACACGCCGUCGAACAUACGUAACGUCUGCUUCUUAUCUUGAUUUAAUAAAAGCGUACACCGAUUGUACUAAUCGCAAACAAAAAGAAAUAAUGGAAGCCAAAAUGCGUUACGUCGGCGGUCUUCAGGAACUAGAAUAUGCAACUGUGCAAGUUAGUCAAAUGAAAGAAGAUUUAUUCAAGUUACAACCUCAGCUGCAAAAAGCACAAAAGGAUACCGAAGAGAUGAUGAUCAUUAUUUCUCGCGAGACGGUCGAAGUGGAAAAAGCCACAGCCAGAGUCCAAGAAGAUGAAAAAGUGGCCAACGUUCAAGCCGAUGCUGCUAACGAGUUGAAAACUGAAUGCGAGGCUGAUCUUGCUUUGGCUAUACCAGUAUUAGAAGACGCUAUUGAUGCCUUGAACACUCUUAAGCCAGCUGAUAUAACGUUAGUGAAGUCAAUGAAAAAUCCUCCAGAGGUUGUAAAAACUGUAAUGGCUGCUGUUUGCGUAAUGAAAGGCGUACUGCCGGAUAAAAUUCCCGAUCCCAACAAACCAGGACAAAAAAUAUUAGACUAUUGGGGUCCAAGUAAAAGAUUACUCGGCGACAUGAAUUUCUUACAACGGUUAAAGGAGUACGAUAAAGACAACAUACCGAUUCAAACCAUGACUAUAAUUCGUAAAACCUAUCUGCCGGAUCCAAAUUUUAAACCACAAAUCGUAGCCAAAGCAUCGAGUGCCGCUGAAGGUCUAUGUAAAUGGAUUAUAGCUUUGGACAUGUACGAUCAAGUAAUAAAAGUCGUUGCGCCGAAAAAGGAGAAACUGGAGAUAGCUAAUGCCGAGUACGAAGCGACCAUGGCUAUUUUGGAUGAAAAAAGAAACCAAGUGAGACAGUUACAAGAAAGGCUCGAUUCUUUAAAGGAACGUUUAGAGGACACUGAAAGAAAUAAAGAAAAACUGUUAGCAGAGGUAGCUUUGUGCGAGAGUAAAUUGGUGAAAGCCGAAAAGCUUAUAGGAAGUCUCGGAGGCGAAAAGCACCGUUGGGCACAACGUGCUGAGGAGCUACAAUAUAACUAUGAUUGUAUACCGGGCGACAUACUUAUAUCUUGUGGAAUAAUUGCAUACUUAGCGCCAUUUACUUCGAAUUUCCGGAUCUCGGCAGUUAACAGUUGGAAAUCGCUGUGUAAAAGUUUACAGAUCCCAAGUUCGGACGACUAUAGUUUAAUAGACGUUUUAGGCGUUCCUAUUAAAAUACAGAACUGGACGAUUAAUGGAUUGCCAAUGGAUUCGUUUUCAAUCAGCAAUGCCAUAAUCAUGGACGGAUCACAGAGAUGGUCUUUACUGGUCGAUCCUCAAGGUCAAGCACAUAAAUGGAUUAAGACGAUGGAGAGAGUGAACGGCCUAGCCGUUGUACAAUUAUCCAGCCCAACUUAUAUGAAAACGAUCGAAAUAUGUAUCGAAUUUGGGAAGCCUGUUCUUAUUGAAAACGUACUCGAGGACUUGGAUCCACCUUUAGAUCCUAUUUUAUUGAAACAAAUUUACCGACAAGGAAAUAUGUUUUUCAUCGCACUCGGAGAUAAUGUAAUUGAGUAUAAUCCGAAAUUUCAAUUAUAUAUAACUUCGAAACUAAGAAAUCCUCACUACAUGCCAGAGGUGUUUAACAAAGUUACUAUUAUUAACUUUGCACUGACUGUAGAAGGCUUAGAAGAUCAGCUACUGGGAAUCGUUGUUGCUAAAGAAAGGCCAGAUUUAGAAUCUAAGAGACAACAGUUAAUUGUCGAAGGUGCUGAAAACGCUAGGGCAUUGUUAGAUGUCGAAAACAACAUUUUACAAAUACUGUCGGCGCCGGGAAACAUUUUAGAAGACGAAAACGCAGUAGACGUUUUAGAUAAUUCAAAGAUAUUAGCCAAGGAAAUCACUUUAAAACAAGCGGCUUCGGUAGAAACUGUAGCAGUAUUAGAUCAGUUCAGAUUACAGUACAAACCGAUUGCUGAACACUGUUCAAUACUGUAUUAUUGUGUUACCGAUUUGCCAAACCUAGAUCCCAUGUACCAAUAUUCAUUGGUCUGGUUCAUUAAUAUCUAUAUUAUGACUAUCGAGACAGCAAAUAAAUCAAAGUUCAUUAAGGUGCGUUUGGACGCGCUGAGAGAAACAUUUACCUAUAACUUGUAUUCGAACGUGUGCCGGUCGUUAUUUGAAAAAGAUAAAACGUUAUUCUCUUUUAUCAUGUGCACUACUAUAAUGCUAGCCGAAAAUAAAAUCGACAAGCAGGAAUUGAUGUUUUUGAUGACUGGCGGAGUAGGUCUUAAAAACACAGUGCCUAAUCCCACUAACUGGCUUCUCGAAAAAAGUUGGGACGAGAUUUGUCGCUUAAAUGACUUAAGUGCUUUUAAGGGACUGAAAGAUCAUUUUACAAAAAACUCGAACGAUUGGAAACAUUACUACGAUUUAACGGAACCACACACUUCGAAAUUUCCUAAUCCGUGGUACGAUAAGUUGAGUAGUUUCCAGAGGAUACUCGUUAUUCGUACUAUAAGACCCGACAAAGUGAUACCCGUCGUCACCAAGCUCAUAGAAGAAGAACUCGGUGAAAAGUUUACGUACCCGCCGCCAUUCGAUAUUAGCAAAUCAUACAGCGAUUCGAUAUGUCUAACCCCGCUCAUAUUCAUACUCUCGCCUGGAGUGGACCCAAUGUCGAACCUAUUGCAAUUUGCCGAAAAAAUGGGGCAGUCCGAAAAAUUACAAAGCGUGUCGUUGGGACAGGGACAAGGGCCCAUCGCUGCGGCAUUGAUUCAAGAAGCGCAACAGUCGGGCGGAUGGGUUUGUUUACAAAACUGUCACUUGGCCACUUCGUGGAUGGGAAAGUUAGACGCUAUAUGCAAUUCGUUUGACAUGUCCAAUACGAAUAGCGCAUUUAGACUGUGGCUGACCAGUUAUCCGUCGGCUCAAUUUCCAGUGUCCGUUCUUGAAAACGGCGUGAAAAUGACCAACGAACCUCCUAUGGGAUUGCAAGCAAAUAUGCUCAGGAAUUAUCAGUCGUACCCGGUAAAAGAUCAAGAAUUUUUCGAAGGCUGUCCAGGCAAAGAGCGGCCUUUCACCAAGUUAUUGUACGGGAUUACGUUUUUCCACGCCGUAGUACAGGAAAGAAAGAAAUUCGGAGCCAUUGGAUGGAAUAUACCUUACGGAUUUAACGAAUCCGAUUAUCAUAUUUCCAUAUUGCAGCUAAAAAUGUAUAUAAACGAGUUUGUGGAAAUCCCGUUCGAAGCCAUAACAUAUUUGACAGGCGAGUGUAAUUAUGGCGGUAGAGUAACUGACGACUGGGACAGACGAACCAUGAAAACGAUUUUAAGUAUGUUUUGUUGUUCAGCGGUGGUUGAUGAUCCCCAUUAUCUAUUUUGUGCCAUUAGCACAAAGUAUGGUAUACCCUACCGCACAAAUUACCACGACUUCAUAAAAAAAAUCGAGGAAAUGCCAACCGUUCCAAGUCCAGAAGUAUUCGGAUUGCACAUGAAUUCGGGUAUUACCCGAGAUUUGCAAGCCACCACGCAACUUUUUAAUUCGUUGAUGUCGGUGCUGGAGUCCGGUGGUAGUGGCACUGACGAUAGUGAAUCGACGGAUAAUUUAUUGUUGGCGAUCAUCACGGACAUAUUGUCGAAGCUGCCAAAUAAUUUUGAUGUGGAAAUUGCCGGCGCAAAAUAUCCGGUCAUGUAUAGCGAGUCUAUGAACACGGUUCUCAUUCAAGAAAUGGAACGGUUUAAUGCAUUGUUGUCGGUAGUUCGUAAGAGCUUACAGGAUCUGAUAAAAGCUAUCAAAGGCGCUAUUGUAAUGACGCCUGAACUGGAAACUAUGGCCUUAUCGUUGUCCCUUUCCAAGUACCCAGCGUUUUGGUCGAAAUAUUCAUACCCCAGUCUCAAGUCUCUGGCCGGUUAUAUUACUAAUUUUUUGGACAGACUGAAAUUCUUUCAAAACUGGUAUGAUUAUGGUAAGCCGAACAAUUUCUGGUUGAGCGGAUUCUUCUUCACGCAGGCGUUCCUUACGGGAGCUAUGCAAAAUUUUGCUCGGCGUUAUAAAAUACCAAUAGAUCAGUUGUGUUUUGACUUUCAAGUACAGCGCACAGAAAAAAUGGACUCAGCGCCCGAGGAUGGCGUUUACUGUUACGGUUUGUUUUUGGACGGAGCUCGUUGGGACAGGUCUAAAAUGGUUUUAGAAGAACAGAUGCCAAAAAUUCUAUCGGACGUUUUGCCGUUGGUGUGGUUUAUACCCAUCAGAAAAAAAGAGCUCGUCGAAGGGUACAGAUACGUUUGUCCUAUUUACAAGACGUCCGAAAGAAGAGGUAUACUAUCUACGACGGGUCACUCGACUAAUUACGUUUUACCUAUGUUGUUGGAUACCGAUAAAACUCCUUCCCAUUGGAUUUAUCGCGGAGUAGCCCUACUGUGUCAAUUGAACGAUUAACCUGGUGUAAAAUAUUAAUGAAAUACAA